UGGCGGGAGCCAGGGGGGCAGGGCCGAGAAGGGAGGGUGGGUGGUGCUGAAGGGACAGCUCCGACGCGGCCGCGGCAGCAGCCACAGACAGAUCGCCGAGCCCAGCAGCGGAGGAGCCACUGGUCCCCUCAGCGCUGGAGAAGCCUAGCGCAGCCAUGCCCCAGGCCGCCAACGGGGCAGCGGCAGCAGCAGCAGCGGAAGCGGCAGCAGUGGUGGUGGCGGCGGCGGCGGCGGCGGCAGCGGCGGCUGGAGCCGGGGGAGCCCGGCGAGGCCAGGGCUCUGGGUCCGCUGCUCGGGCGGGACGAUGAAGCGGCAGAACGUGCGCACGCUGGCGCUGAUCGUCUGCACCUUCACCUACCUGCUGGUGGGCGCCGCUGUGUUCGACGCGCUCGAGUCGGAGCCCGAAACCACGGACCGGCAGCGACUGGAGCGAAAGCAGCUGGAGCUCCGGGCGCGCUACAACCUCAGCCAGGGCGGCUACGAGGAGCUGGAACGCGUGGUCCUGCUGCUCAAGCCGCACAAGGCCGGCGUGCAGUGGCGCUUUGCGGGCUCCUUCUACUUCGCCAUCACCGUCAUCACCACCAUCGGCUACGGUCAUGCAGCCCCCAGCACAGAUGGUGGGAAGGUGUUCUGUAUGUUCUACGCCCUAUUGGGCAUCCCCCUCACGCUGGUUAUGUUCCAGAGCCUGGGUGAGCGCAUCAACACCUUUGUGAAGUACUUGCUGCACAGGGCCAAGAAGGGGCUGGGGAUGCGGCGCUCAGACGUCUCCAUGGCCAACAUGGUCAUCAUCGGCUUCUUCUCCUGCAUCAGCACCCUGUGCAUCGGGGCGGCUGCCUUCUCCUACUAUGAGCACUGGACUUUCUUCCAGGCCUACUAUUACUGCUUCAUCACCCUGACCACCAUUGGUUUUGGGGAUUACGUGGCCCUGCAGAAGGACCAGGCGCUGCAGACUCAGCCCCAGUACGUGGCUUUCAGCUUCGUGUACAUCCUCACGGGGCUGACGGUCAUUGGCGCCUUCCUCAACCUCGUGGUCCUACGCUUCAUGACAAUGAACGCGGAGGACGAGAAGCGGGACGCCGAGCACCGGGCUCUCCUGACGCGCAACGGGCAGGCGGGAGGCAGCAUCCUCACCACAGACACCGCAUCCUCCACCAUCGCGGGGAGCGGGGGCUUCCGCAACGUCUAUGCGGAGGUGCUUCAUUUCCAAUCCAUGUGCUCCUGCCUGUGGUACAAGAGUCGGGAGAAGCUACAGUACUCCAUCCCCAUGAUCAUCCCCCGGGACCUGUCCACCUCCGACACCUGCGUGGAGCAGAGCCAGUCAUCCCCCGGGGGUGGCCGCUACAUCGAGACUCCUUCUCACCGUUGCCUCUGCACAGCCCAGCGCUCGGCCAUCAGUUCUGUGUCCACUGGCCUGCACAGCCUGUCCACAUUCCGUGGCCUCAUGAAACGCCGCAGCUCAGUGUGACCCCGAGCUGGUUGUGGGUCAAGCUGAGGAGCCAGCCCACUCACACGGGCCUGGGGAAGGGGGCGGGGAGGGAGCAAUAGGAAAAGGGGGACCCCACAAAGGUUUGGGCCAGAUCUAUUAAAAGAAAUAAGCUCCAUGUCUCUAUGUGGGCUGAGAGGCAGAGGGAUGGAUGGGCCCACAGUCUGGGUGGCUCUGCAGCCAUUGGCCCAGGGAAGGUCUACUCACCCACCAUUGGUCAGUGUAGGAGUGUGGGGCAUCUGGGUUUCUCCUAAGACCUCCAACUGUGCCUGCCCCACCAGCCUGCCCAGGGCCUAGGGGCUUCUUGCAUCCAAGAGACCUUUCUAUUCUCUCUCCAUGCUCUGAAAAAUUCCAAGAAAUGUGAAACUUGGUGGGGGAUGGGGAUCAGAAGGAGUCUUAAAGGGGAAACCUUUGAUAGCCUUGGAAAUUUGAGGAGCUACCAGCCGAGAGGCUCAGCUGUUCUCAGAGCCCCAUCCACCCACCCACCCACCCACCCUUCCCUUACCACCCCUCACCCCCCUGGAAUGGGACUUCUCCGUGUUAAGUGUCUGUUUGCAUCUCUAUUUAUACCUCUCAACAUUGGUGUCCUACAGUUGUCCUAUGUGAAGUUCUCCCUUCCCUCCUUGUAGGAGCAGGUGACUCUUUGCCCCCUCCUCCCCAGCUUGUCCAGCAACCCCUUAUCUUCUCCCCUUUAGCCUCUCUCCUGCUCCAAGUUCUGCCUCACAAUCUCCCCAUCCCAACCUUUGGUUCCUAUUGUUUUUGCAUGGCUCUGCUGCAGCCCCUAAAAGAUGGCAAGAAGAAGAACGUAGAGCAGAGAGGAGGCAGAAAAGGGAAAGCGAGUACAGAGAAUGUCUUCCAUUGCUUAUUCUGAAACCCAGCCUGAGGUUUUUGAGUGAAAAGCUCAGUCACAUUUCCCAUAGAAGAAAUAAUUAGUGUAUUUUCUUGGAGGUGGGGAUGGAUAAGGAUCCCCAUUUCAAUACCUUACAACACCCCUACCCUGCCUGACCCUUACUGACACAGCCAGCCCUUUAUCCCCAAACUCUCUGCCUGCCUCCUGCCCUACAUCUCAUGUCACUGAGGCAGUCUGGAGCAAAAGCCCAAAGAUGUCAUCCAGCUCGAAGGCUCUGGGACCUGCCACGGCGACCCCACCAAGAGCAGGCAGCUCCUGGGCCCUCCAGCAAAGGCUCCCACGGCCCACUGCCAGUCACAGCGGCACCUCUGUGGGCUCGGGACUCCUGGGACUGAAGCUGCUGGUGGAUGGGAGAGCCCUCAGUGAGGAAGCUUGUUGUCUUCCGGCUAUUCUAGAGGCAGAACUUCUGAAAGAUCCCAAACCUGGCAUGGAGGAAGCGGGCAAGGGGAGAGCAGAGAACACCAGAAUAUGAGUCAAUUCCACCUUGGCCCUCUUCCUCAGCCCGAGUCCUUUAUCCUUCCCCGACUACUUCCCACCCCCAUUCCUGAGUCAAAUCAAUGAAGCUGAGCAGGUUGUGGCUGCUUUUGAGCAGGGACAUGGUGCAGAGCCAGGAGAUUUCCUGGUUAGGGAACCAGAGACCUGGGACUACAUGAAGGGUAACAAUGGAAACCUGAAAAGGAGGCCGAUUCAUCCUUCUGUUGAUGGCGCCUCUGUCUGGCACACAAAUGUGGCUCUGUCUUUGCCUAGGUGGGCACAGCUGCUCCCCAUAGGUACAGAAUAGAUUGCCCGUCUGUCCAGUGACAGGGUAGGAAAAAUUGUUAGAGCUCCAAACAGGGAGAAGAGCUGCCAACCAGGAAGGGGGUACACCACCCCAGCAUGACUGGCCUCUCCACUGCCUCCGAGCACUGCAGGCUUUUUUCAGACAUAGCUGUCCCAAUCAGUACCUUACCCUUAGAAUAGAACAAAUCCCAGCAAAUGACAGCUAAGCUGCAUGGUGACUCAGGGCACCAGCAGGUAGGAGGAGACAGAGAUGGAGCAGUCUGCUGGUGCCAGCAAUGACCCAAGGCAUUCCCAUCCAAGCUGUACGUAACCACGUCCCUGCUGCUGCCCUUCCCCCCUCCCCAGGGCAGUAGGGAUAAAUCCGGCACUGCCUGCCUGGCAGUGAGGCUUUGUUCUUCCCUUUCUUCCACAUUCACCCCUCAAGCUGUGUGCUCCCUCUCUGACUUCUCCCUUUCAGCUGCAUGAUGGUCUCUCUCCCCAUCACUGCCCCCAGUGUCAGCUCUCGACAUCACUGAUCAAGGCCUCCAGCCUCCGUGUGCACUAUCACUAGUAUUCACCUCCGUGGAAAUGUUAGGUGGGCCCCAUCGGGAUGGGCCUGAUCAGACGCUGAGGACUUAUUUCUUUAAGGUUUGGGCUAAAUAUCUUGGAGGAAGCUUCUGGUCUGCUUGCUUCCAUAGCCUACAAACCAGAGCCCCAGGGAAAGGAAGAGGCAAAAGCGAGGCCACAAACUCCUGGCCUCAACACAGGCAAUCUAGUACCGAUAGGUGCCUCCAGAUGUGUAGAGAGGCAGGAGGGGAACAGUAGUCAGAGAAUAGAAGGAGGUCUACAUGAGCCCCUCAGGUCCUUCUGUAGGGGAAAAAUAAAGCCUCUGUCCCACCCCUCAGGGCAGGGCAGUCUCUGUGGGAGUGACCAUAUCAGACUGGCUGUCCAAUGCCUGCAGAAGAAGCCAUAAUAAAUGGAGACAAAAGACCUAAGUGUCUGAGGGCUAUACAGGGAGAUGCCCUUGCCUCCCAAGUAACCCUCCCUCUCCCUUUGCCUCAUCUGUAUAUCUGGCUAUGUCCAUCCUGUGCACAAUCCACAGACCCAUCCUGUGAGAUGCUGACUCAAUCCUCCUCUGCAGCAAAGCAGACAUAGGGAGCACCCUGCUUUUCUACAAGGACGGACAGGAUACAUAAGCCUGGUCAAAUCAGGGAAAUGUGGGGGCAAGAAAAAAAGAAGGGAAUAGAAACAACUGCAGAAUGCCAAGGGCUCCCAGGCAAGUACGAAAGUCACAUGGAUAAGUGAUGGUGCCUCUCUCCUAUCCCACUGCCCUACCCACUCCCACCCGUACCACCUCCCUGCCUCCCCCUCCUCAAGUUCCUCUCUUUUUGCAGGUAGCCUCUCUGCUUCCCUGAUGCCUUAUCCCUAGGCACACUGCCAAUGAAAUAUGCAAUACAUGUGGGAGAACCCCUCUACCCUCCAUCCUCACCCCACUCCCAGCCUCUGAAGCUCCAGAAGUGCUGGAGGCUCCAGAGGCAUCCCCUCAACUCUUCCUGCCUAUCUGUCUUCACACUAAGAAUGGCAACUAAUAAAUUCUGUACCUUCAGACCAGG